UCCAUCGCAGGGACGGGGAGCUGAUAGAUCAGACUUCGCCAAUGCGGGAGCCGGGAAGGCAGCUCCGGGCAGGUGACAAAUUAAGGAGCCAUGUGGCAGCCCUUCUGUGACAGGAGCUGCUGGCUGUGGAUGUUCGUCUGCUGCAUCUAUGGGGGAAUAAAUUGCGCGCUUUUGACGAGGAACUCCAGGCCUAACAUUGUUCUGCUCAUGGCAGACGACCUCGGGCUGGGCGAUCUAUCCUGCUACGGUAAUAACACAGUGAGCACCCCUAACAUCGACCUCCUGGCCAGCGAGGGCGUGCGGCUCACCCAGCACCUAGCGGCUGCUUCUAUCUGCACACCAAGCCGGGCCGCCUUCCUCACCGGGCGCUACCCUGUCCGGGCAGGCAUGGCGUCCUCCUCCAACCUGAACCGUGACUUCCCUUGGCUGGCUGGGUCUGGCGGCCUCCCUACCAACGAGACGACGUUCGCUGAGAUGCUGCAGCACCGCGGCUACCGCACGGGACUCAUAGGCAAAUGGCACCUGGGCCUGAGCUGCGCGUCCCGUGACGAUCACUGCUUCCACCCGCUCAAUCACGGCUUCCACUACUUCUACGGGAUGCCCCUUGGUCUCCUGGGAGACUGCCAGGGCGCCAGGACCCCGGAGCUGCACCGCUGGCUGCGGAUCAAGCUGUGCAUCUCCACGGCGGCCCUCGGCCUGGUGCCCCUGCUGCUGCUGGCGCCCAAGCUCAGCGGCUGGUUCCCGGUGCCCUGGAGCGUCAUCGUGCUCUUCGCGGUGCUGGCGCUGCUCUUCUUCCUGGGCUGGUUCUCCAGCUACGGCUUUGUGCAGCGCUGGAACUGCGUCCUCAUGCGGAACCACGAGAUCGUGCAGCAGCCCAUGAGGGCGGAGAAGGUUUCGGCUCUCCUGCUGAGGGAAGCUCUUGGCUUCAUAGAACGGUACAAACGGGGACCUUUUCUCCUCUUCUUUUCCUUCCUGCAUGUCCGUGUUCCACUUAUUACCAGAGACAAGUUUGUUGGACACAGUAAAUACGGAUUAUACGGCGACAAUGUAGAGGAAAUGGAUUGGAUGGUAGGUAAGAUCCUGCAGGCGCUGGAGCAGGAGUGCCUGACCAAUAACACCUUGGUCUACUUCACCUCUGACAACGGUGGGCGCCUGGAGGUGCAGGACGGUGCAGCCCAGCUGGGUGGCUGGAACGGCGUCCACAAGGGUGGCAGAGGCACGGGCGGCUGGGAAGGCGGCAUCCGCGUCCCCGGGAUCCUGCGCUGGCCCGGCGUGCUGGAGGCGGGCAAGGUCGUCCAUGAGCCCACCAGCCUGAUGGACGUCUUCCCCACACUCUCCUACUUAGGCGGGGGGACCCUGCCCCAGGACAGGGUGAUCGACGGCCGCAACCUGAUGCCCCUGCUCGAGGGCAGGACGACCCGCUCACACCACGAGUUCCUCUUCCACUACUGCGGCGUCCACCUGCACGCGGUCCGCUGGCACCAGAAGGACUGUGCCACGGUGUGGAAGGGGCAUUUUGUGACCCCCAAGUUCUCCCCGGAGGGAGCCGGAGCGUGUUACGGGAGCGGGCUGUGCUCCUGCUCCGGGGACGUCAUCCACCACGACCCGCCACUGCUGUUUGACAUCUCCACGGACCCCGCAGAAGCCCAAGAACUGAACCCUGACAACGAGCCCGUGUUUGACUUGGUGAUCAAGAAAAUCGAGGCCGCCGUGAGAGAGCACCGCAAGACCCUCACGGCCGUGCCCCAGCAGCUGUCUGCCUUCAAGGUGCUCUGGAAGCCCUGGAUGCAGCCCUGCUGUGGGACCUUCCCCUUCUGUGGGUGCGACAGGGAAGACGACAUGCUGCACACGGCUCCAUGACAGAGGGGGAUGCUUGUUACCCGGCACCAACACACUCUUGCAUCCAGCUGGGAGCCAAUAUGGUUCCCUUCACCAGGCUUCUGUUAGGAGCUCAGCCACGUAAAUGUGGCCCCAUCAAGAGAGAUGCGGGAUGCUGGUUUAAUACAGCUACAACCACUCAAGUCACAAGUUUUCUUUUACUUAUUUAUUACUGCACAUGUGCAGGACACUGUGUACAUUCCUUGUGUGGUGCAUGCAUGUGAGACGUCUGCAUUCAUCUUUCACACCCUUUUCCUCCUUGAAGCUCUUGAUCACCCUCCCCUUCACGGAAGAUCACCUACUGCCUACUACCUAUGUUUUAUUUGGAUCUUUAGUUAUAAUUUGGGUUUCUCCUAUACAAGAAGCUGUGCUGUAUUAAAGCUUGUGUGUCUGAUUUAUUUCACUUAAUAUUGUGGUCUCAGGGUGCUUCUGUUUUGUUACAAAUGACUCAAAUAGCUUCUUCAAGGCAGAGUAGUAUUCCAUUGUGCACAUACACAUUUGCUUUAUGCAUUUAUCCACUGAUGACCGUACAGGUUGCUUCUGAGACGUACCUAUUGUGAACCGUGUUGCUAUAAACACAGGUGUAUGUGGAUCAUUGCAAUGUCUUUUAUUUUUUUGGGAAGAUACACAGGA